AUGGAGAAUGAGUCGUCGGCUGGCGAAGGAGGAGCUCCUUUUGAUCAGUUUAACUUCACUUUUGGCGACGACGAUGAUGAUGAUGAUCACUUUGUCACCAAUCACAACAUGCAAAUGCCUUCAAACCAGAAGAAUAAGGCUGCGGAACAUGUUGAUCUAGGAUCAUCAAGUAGUGGAAGCUCUCAGCCUUUGAAUUGGGCCAGGUCGAGGGAGAGCGUAACAGUGUCAGCCUUCACUCCUUUUAGCGGACUAUCAGAUCCUCUCCAUGAACAACCUGCAAACUUGGCAUCAAUGGGGGCUUCAUCUUCAACUCCAUUAUUAGUUGAGACGCCGCAAAGCCACCGUCACAUAACAAUUGAAGAACUCAGUCCCGCAUUGCAAAGUAAUGAGUCUCAACCAAAUCCGGAAAAGACAGGCCCUUCAGUUUCUAACGUUCCGUCACCUGAAACAGCCUUUAAUCCUGAACUUGAAGGAGCAUCACAACCGCAUCCUCCAAGAAUGGAUUAUCUCGAGCCCGGAUCAUCAGCUGGAAAUAACUGGUUCAGUCUAAAUCAAGCAAAUUCCACCCAAAUUUUCAUGCCGGCUGUAGGGUUUACAAGCUAUCAGUACUCUAACCCUCCACUUAUGUUUGCUCAAAACGACAGGGAAACAAUACCGUUUUACAUCAAUUUGCCCAUGCCAAUACAGCCACAUCGUCCAAGACCGAUGCAUAUGGGAGUAACUAUCCGUGAUGGUGUGGUGGAGCCUCACCAUCCAGAACCAGAACCAGAACCAAAUGUAGCAAUUCAGUCACAUCCCCAAAUGGAGCAAGUGCCUCUGUCUCUAACUUUGGGUCACAGUCAAUAUGGCAUAAACACAAUGAUGGCCGGGCUAGGAGUUGCAGAUCAAAGGCCAUCCCAGAGCAACCAGCAGCAAGCCACUUUGUACCCCCAGCAACUCAAUGAUCCUCCAAGGCCUUGGACCCCAUCAGGGUUCUGGACCCAAAAUAAUCAAGUUAUGCCAGCUAAUGGAGCGUGUAACCAACAAUGGACCAACUGCAUACCCUAUGGAGCUGUACAGACAGGGCCCCAAGGACCACAGCAAUUACUGAACCAGCCACAACAGCUGAACCAAGUGCAGCCACCAAAUACUUUUGGUUCACAACAAUGUCAUCACCCUAGGCGACCUGCAGGGCUUUCUGCACCUCUUUGGCCUCCUAAGCAUACCAAGAGCCAGAAUGUGCUGACUCCCUGGAUCCUGGAGUCUUCGUUUGCUGCAAGGGUCCAGUCUUUGCCUGAAACACAAGAUAAUCACACCCAGGCGGUGCCACCACACCAUUCUAAUUCUAUAAAACCUGAUCCUUUAAUGCAGUCUGGGCUGGGGCAAGUAUCAGAUCAUCAGGAACAACCUAACCAAGAUUCAAGGGCAUCUAAUGUAGCUUAUCCACAGCUACACAACUCCAUAGUUAGUGGACCUAUCAUCGCAUCUGGGCCUCAGGGAAUGGGUGGUCAACAGAAAAACCCUGACCAUGUGCAGAUGAUACCUGAUGUUGUAGCUGAUAUAAGGUCAAGGCCUUCUGUGCUAUCUAACAUAGCUGAUCCUCAGAAUCACAGCUCUGGGCUCUCAAGAGCUCCUAUGCCAUUUAGGUUUUCUCCUGUCCAACUUGAUGACAUACUGAAUCAAUCUACUAUUCCAAGUGAUAGCAGUUCUCAGAGGAGUGUUCAAUUCCGAAACUCCCAAACUGAACAAGUAAGAGUCUUCCUCUCCUCACUCGAUGAUUUUCGAAAGUUCAAAGUGGGGACACCAGAACAAGAAGACUACGUUGUCAAACGACGUGGCAAACAACUUCUAUUAGGAGAGUCAUCGUCGAUGGCCAAACGCUCCAAGAGGAAUUCAGCAGCUUCUAGUAGAACAGAAGUCAACAGGAGUACUUUUGAAUCUCAAGAAAAAGAAAUGGAUAUGUUGUCUAACCUUUUCUCUCCUGCUAAUGCAAGGGAAGUGAAAAAUAGUCUUUAUGAUCCAGCGUUUGAGGCAAUCGGCCAGCCUAUUGACCCCCAUCUUCGAAUGUUUCAAGCAAGCAAGCAAUUCCUCCAAUGA